UUUCUUGUCAGCUGGAGUAGAGCCGCGGCUGCAUGGCGACCGGCGUCCACUCGUUCUCCGCAUUUCACCUGAGAAAUUUUCACAGAUUCCAGCACCACAUUUCCAAGAGGCCAUCAGGGAAUUUUUCCAAAGCAGUCGACUUUGGAAAUCCAAGCCGUGAACCGCAAAACAGACGUUCCUUCAGCCACAAAACCAUGUCGAAUUUGGACCAAGCCAAAACCAUCGCCGCCGAAAAGGCUGUGCACGAAUACGUCAAGGACAAAAUGUGUCUGGGCGUUGGAAGCGGGUCCACUGUUGCUCUUGCCGUUCGCGUUCUUGCCGACAAGAUUCACAAGGAAAAAUUGCACGUGAUCUGCAUUCCUACCUCUUUUCAAGCUCGCCAGUUGAUUCUGGAAAACAAUUUAAUCCUCGGUGAUCUCAACUCGCAUCCAAAAUUGGAUGUGGCCAUAGACGGUGCUGAUGAGUGUGAUGCAAACCUGACCCUGAUUAAGGGUGGAGGCGGCUGUCUUGCCCAAGAGAAGGUUGUUGCUUCCUGUGCCGAGCAAUUCAUCGUCAUUGCCGACCACACGAAGAAAAGCUCCAAGCUAGGAGAAAAGUGGUCUAAAGGUGUGCCAAUUGAGGUUCUGCCCUGCGGAUAUACUCCCGUUGCCAACAAAAUCCAGGAACUCUUCGGUGGUGUUGCCGAAUUGCGAAUGGCCAAAAUGAAGGCUGGCCCUGUUGUUACGGACAAUGGAAAUUUCAUUCUCGAUUGGAAAUUCUCGACUGACAAAAUUUUUGAUUGGGAAAAAACCAACACAGCGAUCAAAAUGAUUCCAGGCGUUGUCGAGACGGGACUCUUUGUUGGCAUGGCAAAGAAGGCUUACUUUGGAAUGGAGGACGGUUCUGUUUCCACAAUCUAAAA